UGUUGGGGACCGGAAACAAAGCUGAUUAACAAACGCAUCGCUGGUAACGGGUGUGCGUGUUAACCGCGUAGAAAAUGUUCAAGAACACGUUCCAAAGUGGGUUUUUGUCUGUACUGUACAGCAUCGGCAGCAAACCGCUGCAGAUAUGGGACAAAAAGGUUAGAAACGGUCACAUCAAGAAAAUAACUGAUGGUGACAUUCACUCAACUGUCCUGGAGAUUGAGGGAGCAAAUGUCAGCACCACCUACAUAUCCUGUCCUGCUGAUCCCAAGAAGACCCUCGGAAUCAAGCUUCCCUUUUUGGUGAUGAUUAUUAAGAACCUAAAGAAGUACUUCACCUUCGAAGUCCAGGUGCUGGAUGAUAAAAAUGUCAGGCGACGCUUUCGAGCUAGCAACUAUCAGAGCACAACGAGAGUGAAGCCGUUCAUCUGCACCAUGCCGAUGAGGCUGGAUGAAGGCUGGAACCAGAUUCAGUUCAACCUGUCGGACUUCACCAGAAGAGCGUAUGGGACCAAUUACACAGAGACACUGCGUGUACAGAUUCAUGCAAGCUGUCGCAUCAGGAGGGUUUACUUUUCAGACAGACUCUACUCUGAGGAUGAGCUCCCUGCAGAGUUUAAACUCUUUUUGCCUGUCCAGAACCAGAAGGCCAAGCAAUAGAACCUGCUUAGCUGUGCCGUGGCCUUAGUAUUGGUGGAGAGAUUUAUUUUGUGUACUGUAGAUGUAUUUGAAAAUAGCUUGUGUACAUAGGGCGCUGUUGUGUUCGUGUCUGAAAUAAAGAUUUUAUGGAAUCAUU